CACCCCGCCGCGCACGUACAACUUUGCCCCCUCCCCCCCCCCCCCCCCCGCCUGCUGCUUGAGCUUGCUCACCGGCCGGGGAGUGCGAUGCGGCCGUCGGAGCGGGGCGACGCGGACGGGGAGGGAUGCGAGGAGGCGGCCUGCUCGAGUACUGAUGCUAACACCGGCAGCGCUAAUGCAAGCAGCAGCUCGAGCACCGCUGCUAGCAGCGGCGCGAGGCGGAGCGGGGGAGCGGCGGUGGGGCGGGGGAGCAGCCCCAUGUCGGCGGCGACAAUAAAUCUGAGCAGGGAGUACACGCUCGCCAUCCACACCAGCUCCUACCACGAGAUUUGGGCGAAGAUCCACGAGGACGGGGACGGGGACGGGCGGCGGGAGGAUGGUGGCGGCAGCGGCGGCGGUGGCGGCGGCGGCGAGGAGGAGGAGGACAGGGUCACCUUGGAUGUCGUGCUCCAGCCGGAGGACGGGGUGGUAGAGCGCGCGCUGGGGGACGCGCUCGACACGGAGCUGACCCGCCUCGCGGAGGACUACCUCCGCAGCACGCACCACGCGUCGCUGCUCUGCCUCUCCCUCCUCCGGGCGCUCCGCCGCGCGCGGGUGCUGUACAGGCCCAUCAUGGACCUCCUCGCGCUGAUCCCGCACGUGCCGCAGCUCGCAACGCUGCACUGCGACUGCGCGUUCGACGCCUUCCUCAUAUUCGACCAAAUGCCCAACCCGUUCCCGGCGCCUGCGGCUGGGUUCCAGGGCAUGCACCGAAGCUUCGUUGGCCUUAAGAACCACCUCGACCUUCACCUCCUCAGGGUCCGACGCAGGCGCCGGUUGCUCCGCUGCGCCACGCGCGGGUCAGGCAUCUGCCUCAUCGCCUGCGCCACCGGCGCUGCCAUCGCGGGCCUCGUGCUCGCGAUCCACGCCAUUUCGGCGUUGUUGUUAACGGCCCCAACCUGUGCUGCGUCAAGUUCCUCCUGCUGUCCACUGGCUGCUUCGAUGAAACGCCUGCAGAAGCACAUGGACCGGCUCGACGCCACGGCCAGGGGCACCUACGUCUUGAACAAUGACGUCGACACAAUCGAGCGGCUGGUGACCAGGCUCCAUGGUACUGUGGAGAGCGACAAGAAGCUUGUCCGUCUGGGGCUGGAGCACGGGAGGGGGCAGCACCACACCAUAGAGGAGGUGGUACGACAUCUCCGGAAGAACCAUCCCAGCCUGCUUCGGCAGCUCGCUGACCUUGAGGAGCACAUCUGCCUCUACUUUGCAGCCGUUAACCGUGCGAGGUUACUCCUUGUGCACCACCUCUAUGCCCAGUCUGAUCCUGACACUGAGUUUCCACUGUCAUGAGUUUAUGUGUCUACAACCAUACCCGCCUUCAAGAAUUUGAUGUCUCGGAACCUCUUCUAUGGCGCCAAAUGAAACAUUUUGCAGCAUGUCUGCACAAAUUUCUUGUUUUUCGCAAGGCACCUGGUUCUACAAUUUGCAACUGGAUAGAGUUCAUACUGAUAAUGUUCUUUGCAAUCUCAUGGAUUUUAUCUGUAAGGAAUGGUCCUGGAAAUAACAACUGUACUGAAUAUUACCCUUGCUGGAUACAUCUGGAUGUUAGACAGUGGUCUUAGAUUGAAGGCACGUUUUUUUUUUGGUUACACAAUGCUAGCAGUUGGCAUUUUAACUACGUCUUUGUGUUUAUCUGCUAGAACAUUUUAAAUGAUGCUCAAAUCUUUCUAUGUCAAAUCCUAUUGCUAAGA